AUGGCCAUGCCACGAGAAUUGAAGGAGGCGGACAAGACCGAGCCGGCCAGCAUCGACAAGGCUAUCAAGGACGGCUUCGUCAAACUCGACGACGACAUCGUCCAGGGCGCUCUGAAGUCGGCUACCAGCGCGGGCAGCCGGUCACGCGCGGAGGUCAUCGCCGACAUCGCCCCGGCGAUCUCAGGAUCCAUGGCUGUCCUCGCCAUCUACGACCCAGCGGCGUCUACCCUGCGCGUCGCCUCUGUAGGGGACUCGCAGGCCGUCCUGGGCCAGAAGGUUGCAGGUGGGGACGGCGCCUCGUCUCAGGCGACAACGUGGACGGCAGUCCCCCUCUCCACGCCGCAGACGCCCGAUCGCCCGGACGAGCUCGCCCGCAUCCAUGAGCAACACCCAGGUGAGCCGGACUCGGACCUCUUCACCGCGGACGGGAGGCGGCUCCUCGGCCUGCCCGUGACCCGCGCGUUUGGCGACCACAGGUGGAAGUGGCCUGAAUACGCCAUCACCGAUACUCAGAAGAGGUUCUACGCGUUUCCUCCUCGUCCGAAUGCGAAGACGCCGCCGUACCUCACCGCGGAGCCUGAGAUCAGCACCACCGUCGUCAAGGAUGGUGACUUUGCCGUGCUCGCAACGGACGGCCUCUGGGACACGCUGUCGCCAGAAAUCACAGUGGAAUGUCUACAGAUGUGGCUCCAAGACGACAGGCUGAAAAGCCCCGCCACCAACCAGGAGGCCCAGGAGCCCGAGUCCGUCGAGUCCGUGCCGGUGUUUUCGGACGAUGAAGGGCCCGAGACGCGGGUGGGCUCUGCGUGGGACUGGAAGUGCCGCGCCGAGGACUUUGUCGUCGAGGACGACAAUGCCGCCACCCAUCUCGCGAGGAACGCCCUGGGAGGAAAGAGGAGGGAGCAGUUCUGUACCCUCCUUGGGGUGCUGGCGCCUCACAAGGACGACGCGCAUGACGACACCACUGUACAGGUUCUGUUCUUCGGGGGUGGUUGA